UUUCUUCCUUCAUCUUCUCCGCUACUCCAUAUCGCUUUUCCGCAUCGACAGACAAAGUACCCAAGGAGGGGCUUCUCAUUUCUCAUGUCCUUUCAACGAUGAAGGCUUGCGACUACAUGUGGACUUCGGCACCGCCGAGAUUCACAGCUCGUGUUUCUCACGCGCCGUCUCUGCGGCUUUGCACUCGCCUCCACCGCGCGUCCUUCCCACGCGCCGUCGUCGUGCGCCCGAAGGCUUUCCAACGCGGUGACUUCGACCGCUUCGCCGACAGCGUGAAGUCCGGUAAGGCCUGGAGAGACGCUUGGCGCGGGGCUAACGACAGCUUCGAGCUUCUCGUCUUCGAGGCGAAGAAGACCGCCGAGCGAAUCGACCGCGAGUACUCCGUCUCCCGCCGCCUCAGCUCUGCCGCGAACUCCGCGUUCGACCGCGCUCGCGAGAUAGACAACGAGCUCAAGAUUAGCCUUCGGUGGCGGAGUUUCUCCGUCGAUUUCAGCAGGAAUUGGCCCAAGUACAGGAAACAGUUCAGUGACUUCUUGAAUACACCGCUUGGUGGAAGUUUUGCUACAAUAUUCUUCAUCUGGUUUGCGCUGUCUGGAUGGCUGUUCCGUGUGCUGAUAUUCGCCACUUGGGUUCUUCCAUUUGCUGGCCCUCUUCUUAUUGGGGCUGUGGCCAACAACUUUGUCAUCAAGGGUGAGUGCCCGGCAUGCCAGAAGCAGUUCAUAGGGUACAAGAGCCAAAUAAUCAGAUGUGAAGGCUGCGGAAACAUAGUGUGGCAACCCCAAGGAGACUUCUUCUCGAGAGGCGGUGGAAACAACAAGGGCAAAUCCAAAAAGCCGCCUCCCAAGUCCCAAAUCAUCGACGUUGAGUUCGAAGAGAAGUGACGGGAUUAGAACAGCAAAGUUUGCACUUGCCAAUGAAUCUGAAUGAUUCUUGUUUGCAAAAUCACAACGACGGUAACCAUACAUUUCUCUGGCUGGACCAUACUUUUUCCGGGUUUUGAAGAUCUUUCUUCUGCCAAAAGGGUUUGUUGUUUGCUCAGAGAGAAGUUUUAUACAUACCCCGCUGCUGUAGAAUUUGUGUAGAAGGUGAAAGCUAUAGUUUCGAGACGGAGUUCUUAUAUUUUUUUCCCGCUGUUUGGUUUAUUUACCUUCGCAUGUGGAAGUGCUUGAGAAUGUAUAGCUAAGACUAGUUCUGACGUUAUAACAUUUCGAUCGAAAUAAAUCUGCAUUAUAAUUACGUUUA